AUGAAAACACAUUGGCAAAAGCUUUAUCUGUUGUGGAGUGUUUUAGCCCUCGGCCUGAGCUGCGCAGCGGACACGCGUGCACCGCAGUUUGCCGGAAGGAGAACGCAUCUCCAGCUGAUCGCUCCCACGUCCAAAUUAACCAAAGUGUCGGCGACGGACGGUCGGGCUUCAGCGUCCACGGCGUCCGCAUCCGAAGCGAGGCUCCAGUCCGACUUCGCGUACCUCCCGGACGUCUCCGUCACCUGCUCCGUGUCGGACUUCGUCGUGCGCGUCAAGCCGUCCUUCUACGGCCUCGGCGCGCACGCGGACGAGCUGAGACUGGGCGGCGGCUGCAGGAGCAACGGGGUCCUGCGCCCGUACGGGGACCUGCUCUUCACUUACCCGCUGACGGCGUGCGGCGCCGUGCGUGAGCGGCCUCACGGUUACCUGGUCUACAAGCUCGUGCUCCACUACGAGUCCUCGCGGAGGAGGUCUCCGGGCGCGACGCGCAGGGUCGACGUGGACAUCGAAUGCCGUUAUCCGAGGGACCAUCACGUGUACCAGCUCGCUGUGAAACCAACCUGGCAACCUGCUGUUCUGCGUAAAAGACUGAAAGGGCGUCCCAGCGACUUCCAAAUCACCAUAAUGGAUGAUUCAUGGAGCCAAUCGGCCAAAUCCCAGGUCUACCAGCUCGGAAAGAUGGUGAAUUUCCAAAUUUCUGCUUCCCACCUGCCCAAAAGAAGAAAACUGUACGUCAGUAGCUGCUAUGCUGCACCAUCUAUCGACGCGAAGCCCCCCUUAAAAUAUACAAUCAUAGACAACAUGGGCUGCAUGAGAGACAGCAAACGGGAGCCAGAGGCCUCUCGGUUCGUCUCUCGAACGGACAGGACCCUGCGCUUCUCGCUGAAGGCCUUCCAGUUCACAGCUGAUCCCGACACAGAGAUUAACAUUCACUGCAAACUAUCCAUCGCGUCGGACGCUCCAGACUCCGCACACAAGUCGUGCACGUACACGGGGAACAGGUGGAAGGCCCUCGCUGGCGACGACUCCAUAUGCGACUGCUGCGAUUCCCAGUGUGUGACCUCCAAACGUCGAAGAGCCACGUUUGAAGGCUCUGCCAGCAUUGGCUUGCUGGUCUCUGAUCAGUCUUUCAUGACAGAAGACGUCAGCACGAGCACAUAUGACACUGAGCUGCAUGGUUGGGAGAAUGUGGGGGAAAUGACAGACCUAGACGAGUAUGAUGGUGGGAAAAAGGAACGGGGAUCCAAAUCGGCUGAAGGGAACCGGGUCACCCCAGGAGGAUGGACAGAACCGGACUCGGACCCGAGUCAUGGGGUUCCGCUGGAGGCGUGGGACAUCACGGGGGUCGACUCAGAUGAGUUUGGAGAGGAAGCCCCAGGACUCGAAGUGGGGGACUUGCUAGAAAGCAGAGAACCGACGGGAAGACCAGAGCAGGGGAUUCAUCUCCACAGUGAAGAGGUCCUUCGCUGGGCACAGUCGGCACCUCGCAACUCCAAAGAGCAGGAAGAAGAAGCAGAGUAUACGAGAGGGAACAAGGAGGAGAGCAGAGGAGAGUCUGAGAGCGACCACCAUCUGCCAGAUGACGAUAAAGGGGAGAAGAGCUGGUAUUUUACAUGGAGGUAGCGUUCAACAUCACUGACUCAGACUUCUGAUUCUAUAAUGAAGGCUUUUUUUUUUUUUUGACUUAUUUCAAUUAAAAAAACAUUGCAAAUUCAGA